AGCAGGCCACAGGGAGGCUUGGGCACAGCCAGCUUUCCUUCCGGUUGGGAAGCCUGUUUCUGCUCUCGGUGCCCGCGUGGUGUCAGGAACACCCGUCACAGUGAACACCUGCAGGACCCACACGGCUGCACAGUCUCCGCGGGCCAGACACCGAAGCCAGGGCAUGGCUUACCCUCAGGACAGUCUCCUGAGGGUGUUCUAGUGACUGGAUCCUCUCUAGCUGGUGCCUGGGAAAUGGCAGCCACUACUAAUUCAGCCUUGAAGACAGUACCUUGCCCACUCAGCACCAUUACGUAGAAGAUAGAACUCAAGAGGAGCCGCUCUGCCUGGAGGUAGCCUGGGGGCAAGCCAGAGUCCUCCAACCCCCGGGAUGACCGCGGCCAGCCGGGCCAACCCCUACAGCAUCGUGUCAUCGGAGGAGGACGGGCUGCACCUGGUCACCAUGUCAGGCGCCAACGGCUUCGGCAACGGCAAGGUGCACACGCGGCGCAGGUGCCGCAACCGCUUCGUCAAGAAGAACGGCCAGUGCAACAUUGAGUUCGCCAACAUGGACGAGAAGUCACAACGCUACCUGGCUGACAUGUUCACCACCUGUGUGGACAUCCGCUGGCGCUACAUGCUGCUCAUCUUCUCGCUGGCCUUCCUCGCCUCCUGGCUGCUGUUCGGCGUCAUCUUCUGGGUCAUCGCUGUGGUACAUGGUGACCUGGAGCCGGCCGAGGGCCGCGGCCGCACGCCCUGUGUGAUGCAGGUGCAUGGCUUCAUGGCGGCCUUCCUCUUCUCCAUCGAGACGCAGACCACCAUUGGCUACGGGCUGCGCUGUGUGACGGAGGAGUGCCCGGUGGCCGUCUUCAUGGUGGUGGCCCAGUCCAUUGUGGGCUGCAUCAUCGACUCCUUCAUGAUCGGUGCCAUCAUGGCCAAGAUGGCGAGGCCCAAGAAGCGGGCGCAGACGCUGCUGUUCAGCCACAACGCCGUGGUGGCCCUGCGUGACGGUAAGCUCUGCCUCAUGUGGCGCGUGGGCAACCUGCGCAAGAGCCACAUCGUGGAGGCCCAUGUGCGCGCGCAGCUCAUCAAGCCGCGGGUCACCGAGGAGGGCGAGUACAUCCCGCUGGACCAGAUCGACAUCGAUGUGGGCUUCGACAAGGGCCUGGACCGCAUCUUUCUCGUGUCACCCAUCACCAUCCUGCACGAGAUUGACGAGGCCAGCCCGCUGUUCGGCAUCAGCCGGCAGGACCUGGAGACAGACGACUUUGAGAUAGUGGUCAUCCUGGAAGGCAUGGUGGAGGCCACAGCCAUGACCACCCAGGCCCGCAGCUCCUACCUGGCCAACGAGAUCCUGUGGGGCCACCGCUUCGAGCCCGUGCUCUUUGAGGAGAAGAACCAGUACAAGAUCGACUACUCGCACUUCCACAAGACCUAUGAGGUGCCCUCUACGCCUCGCUGUAGCGCGAAGGAUCUGGUGGAGAAUAAGUUCCUGCUGCCCAGUGCCAACUCCUUCUGCUACGAGAACGAACUGGCCUUCCUGAGCCGUGACGAGGAGGAUGAGGCGGACGGAGACCAGGACGGCCGAAGCCGGAACGGCCUCAGCCCCCAGGCCAGGCAUGACUUUGACAGACUCCAGGCUGGCAGCGGGGCCCUGGAGCAGCGGCCCUACAGAAGGGAGUCAGAGAUCUGAGCCAGCCUUGGCCAACAUGCAGCAUCCACCCCCAGCCGGGGAGAGGCCCCGCCAUCGCUCAGGGGCCCCGGGUUUGAGCAGAACGGGCCCGGUGCCCUGGGUUGCAGACUCAGUAGCGUUUUAGUCGUUUUAUGUUUCUUUGCAACAGCCUCAGAAGGUUGGCCGGAGAGGGGGCAGCCAGAGCUGCAGCCCCCGGCCUCAGAGGCUAUCGCAGGCUCAGGGCAAAGAAGUGGGCUCCUGGGGGGCCAGGCCACGGGGGCCAGGGCUCCUGCCUGAAGAUGGAGCUGCAGCCUGCGGGGAAGCAGCUCAGCUCAACGGUGGGCCCAGCCUCUGCUGUCCAAGGCUAUCCGGCUGCGGUGCUCCUUGCUGGUUUUUAACUUGGGGAGAAACACCGGGUUUCAGCUUUCUCGACCUUAGCUUGGGUGAGACUGUUUACAAAAAAAAAAAAAAAAAUUACCAUGCAAUUGAAAAAAAUUUUUUAAUUCAUAGGGGGCAAAAAGAACAAUUAGAAUUCCAUGGGUCUGCCAGGAUGCAGCAGCUGGCUGGAGGCUCCAGAGGGUUCCCCGAGGUGGGACUGGCCUCUCCCUGUGUGUGUGGGCACCGCAGUCCCUGGGCAAGCAGGGUGCUCUGGGACCGCACUUCGUCGAGCUCACGAACCAGCUAGGCUCUGUUUGUGAUAGAAAAAUCAAGACCAUGUUAAUGAUCAUAAUAAAAGCUUUCUACUGUCAUUGGGGUGGUGGGUGGGGGCUGGGAAGAAACUGGUUUGAGCUUUUAGAGUUUGACUUUGUACCUUAGAGAUGCGUCUCAGGGCCAGGCAUGGGACCUACCUUCGAGGGUUCCUCCCCCGACCCUCGAUUUUCCUGUUUUGCUUCUCUCUCCGUUUCUGUCCAGGCCUCCACCCCUUCCACAGCGAGGGGUGGUUAGGAGCCAUAGGCCGGGAUGGCUCCUUGGAAGGGAAGUCGGGAUCCCAGGCUAGGAGGAAGCUGGCAGCCCUGUCCCCACCGGGCCCACAGUGUGAGUCGUGCCUUAGAGACUCCGGGUUGUCCUGUUCUUUCUGGGCUCGCUCGUCUCCCCAACCCUGUCCCACCCCUCCCCGCCCAUACCUCCACUGCUGAAUUUCCUCCAGCCCCUCUGUCUGCCUUGUGAAGGUGGCAGGGACCAGGUCUGCCUGCCAUAGGACCACGUCGUGUCCCUCCCUCACCUGGGGCAGCACAGCGGAGUCCAGGCAGGGCACAGCCAGGCCCUGGUCAGCGCUGAAUGGCAGAGGAAAGAUCUUAGGAAAGGAGAGGAAUCAUCACCCCCUCCCAUCAACUGGGAUGACCGGGGAGUGCCACGCCCAUUCAAAGCUGAAUCAGAAACCAGCCACGGAACAGAAUUCCUGCCGAGGCUUCCAGGGUCGCUCCUCCACCACCCUUCCCCAGGUCGAGGCACUGUGGCACCCUCAUCACAAAGAGGUUUGGGGUCCCCUUGUCACCGCUGUUCAUGGUAGCUGGUUGGGUCAGGUCCGUGAUGGAGCCAGGCCCUUCCCAGGACCGCGGAGAAAAACUGCUCUCUAGUCAGACCUCUCCAGAAGCUGGUAAUCAGAAAGGAUGUGUCUCUUGCUCCAACUCUGCCCCGGAGACAGCUCAGAGCCAGA